AUGGAUGGAAUGGCGAGGAAGGCGGAGAAAAAUGCGGAACGCUUAGCGGGUGCGUUCGCGGUUCUUGGCACGAGAUCAAUUCAAUCACCAGCGACUCUUUAGAAAGCUCGUUUAUUGCUCUUCUGAUUUUUUUUCAUUUUCGCAGUAAAAAAUAGGAGAUUUGAUGGAAAAAGAACGGUGACCGAGCUUUCUAAAAGUUGGUGGGCGGUUGAAUUGAACUCGUGCCAAGAACCGCGUACACGCACUUCUCCGCCUCCCUUGCCCUCCAAGUCAAAAGUGAUUGACCAUAACGUUUUCUGAUUUCUUAGAAAUAGGUUAGUUGUUUUCUGAUUAUGUGAUAAUUUUUUCAACUUUCAGAUAUCUUUUUUCAAAGUUGAUAUCUAUUUUAAAGUCAGCCAGUCCUUCAAAAUAAGUAUGACUUUUAUAAACUUCAUUUUGACGUAUUCUUCCGAAUUCAGAUUUCAAGACAUGAGCAGCCUGCGAGAUAUAACGUGACUGAAAUGAACCCGAAAUCUCACCACUGCUCUCGAAUGACCGUAGUGAAAAGAGCGUAGAAAAUUGAAAUGAUAAGUCCUUCAGAAACAUCGAUCAACACAGUAGCCGCAAACGAUACGACCCAGAUGCUCUGUUACAAUGUCUUAUGACUUCUGAGAUUCAGGUAAACUCACAAAAUCAAUUUUCGAUAGUGGCCAUAAAGUUCUCAGAUCGGAAAACUUCUGGAUCAUCCCUUUCAAUGCGACAACGACGAUGGAUGCGAGGACGCACUGGUAAUCGAUUUUCGGUUUGUUUUUUUCUUUCAAACCUCACCAUAGGCAGAGGCUCCAAAAAUUUACCGAAGUAAAAUGCGACGGCAACAACAAAAACUGAACCGAAAACUGUUGACAACUGAAACAUUUUUGAUUUUUAUUUCGAAUUCGGACUGUCACACCUGCGUUUUAGUACCGGCUUCGACAUUGACGAGCGUUCGACCGAGCGAGCAGGAAACAGGAUAAACUGGGAGUACGCUGCUGCCCAAUGA